ACAGUCACUGGUGCAGUAGCUUGUCGUCGUCGGACUUUUUCCCCCCACCACGUCAUAUCCGCUGUUUCCCCCGCCGUAAGGAGUUUUCUCGCGGCAUGUAUCUCGCCAGGACGCGGUGUCAGAACCCUCUCCCCUCCUCGUCGCCUUUCUCAAGUCAGCAUCAGUCUCCUGUCGACCGGUGGACAACCCAAUCACUCGUAUCUGGCUGGCGUCGCUACGGAAACCUCAUCAAGAAGUCAAAUCCAAGCAGUGCCGGUGGUCUUCAGACGCCGCCAUACGACAACGACAUGGGUACCACAUACCAAGUGCCGAAGUUGACUCCCUCCUACGAACAACAUAGGUCUUACACUCACCCAACUCUGCCAGCACUUUCCAGUUGUAGUGCUGUGUCCCAAAGGCCGCCUCGAGAUUUGGCCCACAUGUUUAA